ACUGACGCAAUUAGUGCCAGGUGCAUUAAUUAUACUUGAAUGGUUUGUUUUCCUACAGUACUGUCUUUCCCAAAUGUCGAAGAGUUGGUUUAUGCGUUGAAGGAACAAGAGAUUGACUCUAUUGUCCUUGACCACUACACCGUCAAAUGGAAGAAAAAUCUUUUUAAUGGUACUUGGUUUAAAUACAGCGAUACCGUCGGUUCUUCAUUCUCGUACGGAGUUCUCCUCAAUGGAAAUGCUGCAAAGCUUGAAAGACAUUUUCGRGAGUACAUCUCAGCUAACAUUUCACAGAUAAUGCAACUAGCUGGUAGACUGGAUAAGAUUUACAUUGCUGACAAGAACCAGACUCAAGAGGAAGAGGAAACAGCUGAAAGGAUUGUAAUUACAAAAGAAUCACUCAAUUUCUUGAGUCCAGASAGUACAAUCUUCAAUUAUACUAUAAUGGCAAUGGGAUUGGCUUUGUUGGCGAUAUUUUUAGCUGGGCUGUAUUAUCAUCUCAUGAUAUACCGUAAGCGAGAUCAAACAAACGAAAUCGUGAAUGAAAAAUACAGACGAUACCUGGACACGAUUAAAUCCGAACUCCAAGAGUUCCAUUCCAAUUAUUGUUUAAUUUAUAAUAAUUUAAGAAAAGAGUUURUUGAGGACUUGCAAAUGGCUAAACGCAAGGUAAGGAAGCACAUCGCCGCUGAGAAGACAAUGGUUAUGCCUAUCCAGAUUAAUCACAGAAAARUAAGCCAGUGUGUAACAUGAAUAGAGUUCAACAAAUCCGCCUUUAGAAGACGAUCCUAACUACGUCUCCGACUCUGUUCCCGCCUGAUGUAAGAAACAGUCUACUUUGAACGAGAGUUUAUUGAUCAGUCCAGCMUGGUAAUAUACGUGCUUGUAGCAUCCAAUAUAUACCACAGGAGGAGCCGACGGGGUCUGUUCUCAGGGGCGUAU